CACUCUUCAACAUAUCUAUCUUUCCACAAGGGACCCUACCGCUCUAGACCAAUUCAUAAAACCCCUGGAUUAUACAUCUUUGAAUCAAUGGCUCCAAGCUCAAAUCAUCAUGCCAAAAAGCAAUUUGGUCAUAGUCUUCGAGCUGACUUUCUGAUUGCUGACGACUACACCCUCAUGAACCAUGGUUCAUAUGGUACAUAUCCUGCUGUAGUAAGAACAGCGCUUCGACAGUAUCAAGAUCGCGCUGAGAAUUGUAUCGACACCUGGUUCAGGCGAGAUAUGUAUACCGAGGUCCAAAAAGCAAAGGAAAAGCUUGCUACCCUGAUUCACUGCCACGCAGACGACCUAGCUUUCAUCGCAAAUGCAAGCACUGGUAUUAACUCAGUGGCUCGUAGUCUUCCCUUUCAGUCUGGAGAUAAAAUAUUGCAGCUAUCGACAAUUUUUGCAGCUACAGGAGCCACAAUGAGAUUCGUGAGAGAUACCAGAGGUGUGGAACUUAUCAUCUUGGAUCCCACAUAUCCUAUCAGUGAUGACGAUUUGGUGGCUAUGAUUGAGGAAGCUAUUCUCAAAGAAGAGACCAAAGUUGGUGUGACUGGCGGCAAGAUCAAGAUGGCUGUAUUGGACACUAUUUCAUCAACGCCUGGUGUACGAGUUCCGUUUGAGAGAAUCAUCAAGUUGCUGCGGAAACAUAAUAUUCUGUCUUUGGUGGACGGAGCUCAUGGAAUUGGUCAAAUCCCUUUGAAUCUUCAUGAAACGGAUCCGGACUUCUUCAUAUCAAAUUGUCAUAAAUGGUUGUACACCGUGCGAGGCUCGUCUAUCUUAUACGUGGCCAAGCGAAACCAGCGAUAUAUCCACCCGGCUAUUACUAGCGAAUAUUACAAGGACCAUUCCGAUCUAAGUGAUAUGUCUGAAACUUUCCACAAGGAAUUUAGCUGGCAAGGCACGCAAGACUUUUCAGGCUUUUUGACUACUUUUGCUGCUUUGGAAUACCGUGAAUCACUUGGUGGAGAAGAGAAGAUUCAAGAGUACUGCGGGAAUUUGGCUCGACGUGGAGGAGAGCUGGUAGCCAAGAUACUAGGCACGGAAGUGAUGGAAAAUGAAGAAAAAACGUUGACGGCUAUGAUGGUCAACGUCAGACUCCCUCUUGUUGCUCAUGAAAACGAUGGGUACUAUAUGGAGCGAUUCCUUGAAGAAGGAGCGUUCAAACGCAAAUGUUUUGCUCCUGGUUACAAGUACAAAGGCACGUGGUAUACGCGUUUGAGCGCGCAGGUGUAUAUGGAAGAGAGCGAUUUCGAAAAGGCUGCUCACGUUCUCAAAGACAUUUGCGAGCAGCUUGAACAAGAACGGCUGGAGGGGCAGAAGAAAUAAAAUAAACUGUAAACGAUAAUAAAUUGACAUGUCGAUAUUUUUUAAAGCUAAGCUAAGAAACAA